CAAGGCUAUGUAGGUUACUCUCCGCUUAAAUAGCUUCUCUUUUCCGCCAAAUCUUUUCAUUUCUCUGUUUUGCUGUGAAUCUUCCUGUGUCUCAUAAGGAAAUGCCUCCAAAGCAGCAAAUUCACAAGCUCGUUCAAAUAUUCUCCUCCCCCAAAACCCCCCAAACCAACUCCUUAAUACCUAAACCUCUUCGGACACCUCUCCCUCCUGCCUCUUCCGACACGGCCGAGUUACCUGAUCUCCCAACUUGGCUCCGCCACAAAGAAAACCCAGAAAUCACCGAUCACAAUGAUGACGAUUUUGUUAUUCCUUCAGUAGCCGAAUGGAUUCAGAAUUCCAACGUUGGAAACUUCAAUCAGGUUGGCAGUCACUUGCUGUUUGAAUCAGAAGUUAGUGAUAUCGAGAAAGUGAGCGAAAUCCUAAAGAAACACUACCCAUCAACGGAUAGUGUCGUUCAAGGGUUGAAUGAAUGCGGUGUUAAUGCCACUAACACUUUGAUUUCACAACUUUUGAAGAGGUUUAGCAAUGACUGGGUUCUGGCUUUUGGGGUGUUCACUUGGGCAAAGAAUCAAACAGGUUAUACGCAUACAUCCGAGUUGUAUGAUUCCAUGGUUGAUAUAUUGGGGAAGCGCAAGCAGUUCAAUCUCAUGUGGGAAUUAGUUAAGGAAAUGGAGAAGUUGAAAGGGUAUAUUACAUUGGUUACAAUGGGCAAGGUGAUGAGACGACUUGCUAGAGCUGGCCAGCAUGAAGAUGCUAUCGAGGUAUUUAGAGGAAUGGAAAAGUUUGGUGUAAGUAAAGACAUAGAAGCAUUGAAUAUACUAAUGGAUGCAUUGAUUAAGGCGGGAAGCGUUGAGAAUGCUCAUAGCGUGUUUAUGGAGUUUAAGGAUUGUAUACCUGCAGAUUCCCAUAGUUUCAAUGUUUUGAUACAUGGGUAUUGCAAAGCAAGAAAAUUAGAUGAUGCAAAAAAGACUAUGGAAGAAAUGGAGAAACAUGGGUUUCAACCUGACGUUGUUUCAUACACUAGUUUCAUUGAAUCAUAUUGCAAAUCCAAAGAUUUUCGAAAUGCCAAUGCAAUUUUAGAUGAGAUGCAAGAAAAAGGUUGCAAGCCUAACGUGGUUACAUAUACCAUCAUCAUGCUUGCUUUGGGGAAAGCAAAGCAAGUAAAUGAAGCCUUGGAGGUUUAUGAUAAAAUGAAAAGAAAUGACUGUGUGCCUGAUGCUUCAUUUUAUAGCUCUUUGAUUUUUGUCUUAAGUCAGUCUGGAAGGCUCAAGGACUCUUGGGAUAUUUUUGAGGAUAUGAAAAAACAAGGUAUUCAUCGAGAUUGGUUGACUUAUAAAACCAUGAUCGCUUCUGCUUGUAGUCAUUUGCAAGAAGAGAAUGCAUUGAAGUUGCUUCAAAGAAUGGAGGAGGAUUCAUGCAAGCCAGAUAUACAGAUAUAUGCACCUUUACUGAAGAUGUGCUGCAGGAAGAAGAGAAUGAAGGUACUCAAGUUUCUGUUGGAUCACAUGUUUAAGAACAAUGUCAGUAUCGAUCUUGGUACAUACACGCUUCUGGUGCGUGGAUUAUGUAAGAGUGGGAAGCUUGAACAUGCUUCCUCCUUCUUUGAAGAAGCUGUAUUGAAGGGAAUGAUUCCUAAAGAUGGGACAUACAAGAUUUUGGUGGAGGAACUUGAGCAAAAUAACAUGACUGAAGCCAAGGAAAGGAUUCAGAAGCUGAUGUUACAGGCUAAAGGGCAAAAUCCAAUCUAGCCAAGGCUUAAAAGAUGCGCAUUGGCAGUGGCCUAAUGAUCAACGAAGCUUAAACCUUUGUAUGUUUUAUAAUUUGGUUCAAGUAUUUGAAUUUAGCAA